UCUUCUUCUUCCUCUUAAUUAAUCACAAAACUGGUCAAACCCUUCAUCUCUCUCUCUCUUCUUCUUCCUUAAUCCAAAGAACUCAUUUUUAUCUUGUUUAAUCACAACCCACCAAACACACACAUUCCUAAAAAACCAAGAUCUUCAUUCUCUGAUUCCUCUGUUCCUUCUUUGUCGGCUGUUACAAAAAACCCCUCUUCAUUUUCCAAGAAACCCACUUUUUGGUUCUUCUUACUAUAAACAAGAACCCUUCUCUUCACUCUAAACUCUCAUCAUUUCCAAAAAUGUCUUGUUUCUUAAGUUGUGUCCGUUUCCAUGUUUCAGCCACGACCACCGACAACGACAACAAACCCACGAUUACAGGAUCUGGUUCUGUCUCCGGUGUGACUUGUUAUACCUGGGACGAUGUUGAGUCUCUCACUUGCAAUUUCUCUAGGCUUAUUGGUUCUGGUGGCUACAGUAGUAUCUACUUGGCUCGUUUGUCUGGUGGCUCUAUCAACGCUGCUCUCAAGGUUCAUGUUAGUAGUCAUCGUCUUUACCAAGUGUUUAGGUCUGAGCUUGAGAUUUUGCUUCGUCUUCAACAUCCUCACAUUGUUAAGCUUCUUGGUUACUUUGACGAUUCAGAAGAAAGUGGUGCACUGUUACUAGAAUACCUUCCUCAAGGUAACCUCCAAGAGAAGCUUAACCGCAACAGCAAGCAAGUGUUACCAUGGAGAAACCGAACCGCUAUAGCGUUUCAGGUUGCGCAAGCGAUUGAACAUAUUCAUGAGAAAUGUAGUCCUCAGAUUGUUCAUGGAGACAUCAAAUCCUCAAACAUACUUCUUGACAAGCAUUUCAACUCCAAGCUAUGCGAUUUUGGAUCAGCCAAAGUCGGGUUCUCAUCGAUGGUUCAGCCUUCUAAGACAAUGUCAACGAUGUCACCUCGAUCCAAGCAAGUGAUGAUGAUUGGUUCUCCAGGGUACACUGAUCCUCACUACUUAAAAACCGGGAUUGCUUCCAAGAAGAUGGAUAUGUAUGGGUUUGGAGUGGUGGUUCUUGAGUUGGUUUCAGGGAAAGAAGCGGUUAGCAGUGAAAAAGGCGAGAUGCUAGUGCACGCAGCCGCUCCAUUGAUCCACGAGAUUCUUGAUUCGAAUGGAGAUAUCGCGGAAGAGAAAGCGAGACAGUUCUUGGAUCCUAGGUUGUCAAGGGACACUAGUCUUGAUUUAGAAGAGGUUAAGACAAUGCUAAGUGUGGCUGCUUACUGUCUUCGUAGCCCUCCAUCGUUGCGACCCUCGGCUUCUCAAGUAGUACAAACUCUUAUCAAGAAGAUCCCAUCCUUGUCUUUCCUAGGUUGUGGUAAAGAAGAGUGAUGAUGAUACAUUAAUCAACCUCGUGUGUUUUAGACGAUGAGGUUGUUUAGGUAGUGAUUGUGUGUGUAGGUUCUUAGUUAGGUUCAUAAAAGACACAUCAAGAUUUAAAACGUUGCUUCUUGUAUAGGAGAUUCUGCAAAAAAAUAACCCAAAAGAAAGAAAGAAGAUUCAAAUGCUUCUA